CGACAAAAAAAUCAGUUAAUAUGAGAUAUGGAUUGGGGGCGGUGACAGCAAAAUUACAUUGUCUGAGGUUUGACGGAUUGAUGGCACAUCGACCAAUAGAAUCUAAGUAUGGGGCUCCAACAACCAAUCAAAAGUGAGCUCCAGAGCCGGACCCCGCCCCCACAUAUAAUUAAAUCCACACCAGCGUGGUGGUGGAGGUGUUUGGAGUUCAGACAAGAACGCGGAGGGGGAAAUAACUGUGGCCACCUCGCAGCUUUCUGGGCCACAAAAAACACGCUCCAUCCCGAGAAACUAUAAUGAAAUAUACAUCCAGGUUUGCUCAGAAGACGUAGGGGUUGACGUUAGAGUGACUUUUUGAAACUGGAUCUGCUUCCUUGUUCGACAACGGGGAGAAAUAUCUCAACAUCCUCACAAAGAAACUUUUCUUGCUAGGCUGCUAACUCGCACACAAGCCUGAGAAAAAAGUAUGAUCAGCGACGAAGACUUCACCACACGGUGUUUGUGACGUCUCAUCUGUCGACAUAAGCCUCACUGCUGGUUGUAUUUACUCAGAAAUGUUGUCUAUAUUACUCAAGACUGACUUUUUGUAACGGUUUUUAGUAGUCAUCAUCAGCAGUGGAGGAAGGGUUUCAGCUGGAUCACCAGUGUUUCCACAGAGCGCCCCCAGGUCUCCACCAGGCAGGACAGCCACUGCUACCCUCACUUAGUUUGGAGUCAGCAAGCCCCAGAUUUGUUUCUGGAAACAUGUCUGGCCGAAGUGGAGCCGGACAGAUACGAGGGGCUUCUUUGGGUCCACAACCCCUCAAGGCUACAAUCCCCUAUCAGCUGGCCAGCAAGCCUCGACCACACCGGAGAGAUGGGAAGUCAGCUGGGAAGCCAAAACCGCACCAGCUGAGCUCUGGCAUGAGGCGGACGAUGUCUCUGGACGCCAUAAUUGGGCCGUACCUGCAGGGACACUGGCCCAAAGAACCAGAGGGACAGAGCAGCCUGUCCCGCAAGGACAAGUCCACCCAGACCCCAGACUCAUGGUCAGAUAAAUCCCAGAGCAGGAGAGGGAGCAGCAGCCACAAACGAUCUGCAUCAUGGGGCAGCGCUGAGCAUCUGCGAGAGAUCACUAAACUAAAACAACAGCUGCAGCAUCGCAGCAAACCUGCAGUCUCAGGGGGGCAAGAUAAAGACCGCCAGCGUGGAUAUCCUCAGGGGAGCCGUAGCCUAGGAGCUACUCAGACUCAGCCGGUUGCCAUCCCCCUCGCUCCCCUCUCCACACUGGUCCCUCGACUGCGCUGCAGCGUGGAGGGCCUCAAUCAGGAGCUGGAGGGCAUGUUCAUCUGCCAGCCGCCUCAUCCCCAGCACAGGCUCCUUGAAGUUCCAGACGGUCACAGAGCUCCGGUCCCUCUGCAGAGCUGCAGCAGUGGAUCUCAGAGUGACCCCACCACCACGCCCCUGUCCUCCUCUCCCUCCCCCGCCUCCUCACCCAGCUCCUCUCCCACAAACAUCUGCACCUCCUCACCCAACGCCGAGGAUGCACCUCUGGAUCUGCACCAAGGUUUGAUCGACGGUGCAGAGACGUCCCUCCUGUCUCCGUUCUCCUCCCAGGGUGAGGCUGACCUCUCCCUGCCUCUGCUGCUGUCCUCCUCCCCGGGGCCCAACAAGAGCUGCUGCUUCCAGAGGGAGCCUCCGGAGGGCUGCGAGAAGGUCCGAGUCUGGGAGGAAACCAGCACUCCACGCCAACCCAAGCCAGCCCUCAUCUCCUCCUGCCCAGACCCCAACAAGGUAAACUUCACCCCCUAUGGGGGCUCUGCUUUUUGCCCCGUCAGCCUCCUCAAGCCCCUGCUCCCCUCCAUGGACCUGCUGUUCCGCAGCCUCGCCGUCUCUCCAGCGGGCAGCUGCUCGAGCCAGGGAACGAGCUCCUCCGGCAGCCGGGCCGCUCCCCCAGACCCUCAGGCCUCCACGGCCGCCGUGGGAGAAAGCUCCGGGGAGGGCCUCGCUUUCUGAUCACAGCUGCAGAUGUUUCUCUGCGGAAAUGAUGAUAAUAUGCGUGACGCAAAUAUUCCAGUGGGCUGGGACAGAUUUGUGGAUGUUGCUUUAUUUUUAGGAGAGAACCAUUCCUUUUCUAUACAGGUUUGAAAUAUUCUUAUGUUUAAAAAUAAUAUUGAAAAAAAUAUCGUACUUGUACGCAAUCCAAUGGAUAUGCUUCAUGAGCUACGUUGUGAUGUUUCUAAAUUAAGGAAUUUCAUGAUCCAAAGAUAUAUUUCUGGCCAAACGCGAGCGUGAGAGACAGGGCGGGCUUUUUCUACUCGCUCAUCACAUUUUUUCUGUUUUCCCAAAGAAGCCAUGACACACACGUAUAAUAUUCUGUUUUUUAAACUCUGACUGCAGUGCGUCAUCUCUUUCCAAAAUGUUAAGAGUCUUGGUCAAGUAAGAAAAACCCUUAAUGGAUGAUUUUGCUUGUUUUUAAGUAUUCAAAGAUAUUUAUCUGCAAUUAAUUUUACCUGACUUGACCUUGCACCUGUUGCUGGUGUACAAAGCACGACAAAUCAGUUGGGUACUUUUUUAUUUACCUGAUUUAUUAAAAAAAGAAGAAAAAAAAGAAUUAUAAACAAUGAAAUCACAUUUUGAUUAUAGUAGACUGAAGGGAAUUUUCCAGUUGUUGGACUUGGGUAGCAUCAAUACCUAAAUGCUUCAGCUCAUGCAUUCCUGCUUUAAAAGUUGUACAGAUGUUAUUUUUGUUUACCUGCAAAAAAAGUAACGUGUGCACAUGUUAAACCUGUUAUUCCUUGAUGUUCUAGAUGUGUGCUUGAUGGUAUGUUUAUAGUUUUGGGGUUUCACUGCCUAGUUGACUACCUAACCAGUUUUAGUGGUGUAGAUUUGUCAUCCUCAAUGUUCCUUUGAAGAUUCUUCUUCUGCCAAGCUGACAAGUUGAUGUUCAAAUAGUUUUAUUUCUGGUAGACAUGUUUGCACAAAUUGAACUGCUACUUUUGAGUCGCAAUUCUUAUUUUUAUAUUCACUUUUGUACUUUAAGAGUAGUGUGUUUUCUACAUCUUUUUUUUCAAUUACCUGCAACAUAAGCUAAAAAAAAGACCCUGUUACUUUUAGUUUUGUUCUGUCAGUAUAAUUGAUGCAGGUGUUACGUGAGAUACUGUAUCUGGUGGAUUUUUAUGCACUUCCAGGAGGGUUUUUUAUGUGGAGGAGGAGACGUUUCUUCCAUACCGGCAUCCUGGGUUUAUUGUCUCUGACAGGAGUUUUGUUUGUGUGUGUGUGCACGUUGAUGGAAAGUUAACUAGUCUGAUUGUUUGACUAACUUCUAGUUUUAGUGUCCUGGUGAAAUACUGAUGCGUUGAGACAUUGUCUUUUUUUCAAAUAAGCCUCAAUUUCAAUGUUUUCUUGUGUGGAUGCUGGGGACGUGCCGUUAUCUCAGGUUCUGUGUUCUGUCACAUAAAUAUAUGAUUGAUA